CCUCAAACCUUAGUAUCUGUUUCUUUGUACUCGAAACAGCUGAUAAUAAGAGUGCAAUAGUUGCCUAGUCAGUUUACAAACAAAUCUCAAAGUAGAAGUACCGAUAGGCGGAGCAGUACUCUAGAUCCUAGUCCAGCCAUGCAACCCUGCCCUUCAAUAUUGGUCGCCUUGAUAUUGGCCUUCGUGAUCCCAAAUCCCAGUUUUGGAUAUUCCCCGCGAGAAGAUGCCCGGGCCAUUAGAGAAUUCAAACGACUGCAGGGUUUAAAUCACGCCAAGAUCGCCAGGGAUUUGGUCCAUCGAGCUAACUGGGCGGCCUUGGGAAGUCUCUCCACCAAUAAACUAGUAGAGGGAUAUCCCAUGGUCAACAUUAUAUCCAUAGAUGAUAGCGAUGCCAAUGGUAACUCCACUGGAAGGAUUCGCUUUCUGCUGACCGAUCUGGAUUUCACUGGACCCGACUGGCAAAAGGACAACAAGGUGACAUUGCUGUUCAGUGAUGAGCAGACCCUUAGGUGCAGGGAUGGCGGCAAGGAUCCCAUGGAGCCUACAUGUGCCCGUUCCAUGAUCAGCGGUCAGGUCCAAAAAAUGGAUCCCAGUGACCAAAGCUAUCAGCCCGCAAAGGAUGCUUUCGUUAAACGUCAUCCAGCUGCCGAUAAUUGGAUUAAAGCCCACAAUUUCUACCUUUGUGAACUGGACAUUAGUAAUAUCUUUGUGCUGGACUUUUACGGAGGUCCUCAUAAUGUCAAGGCUUCAGACUAUUACGCUGUUUCAAAUUGAAGUUCUGCUCCAGAAGUAAACACUUGAUGCCUCACACUCUUUGUUUGCAAAGCGAUCAACAAAAAACAAAAAAUAAUACAAAAUGAUAAGCUUAUUUGCUCAACGAACUGCACAAAAAGAAAUCGAGAAGGCAAAAGACAAUUAUAAUGGUUACUUAUCAAAUAAGCUCUGUGAUUUCACUCAAUAGAACAAUAUCAAUACAAAUACAAGUUUCGUAUUUCGUUAAAUGCACUCUUAUAUGUUAAAUUGUAUUUUUUCUAAUAAAUGACAAAUUGUUUAGUAUCAAAAAGCAAA